UUCGUUUUGACCAAUUGGGCCACCCCCUGCGAGGCAGGGGGCGUGGGGGCCCCUAGGCUUCAGCCAUAUGAAGCGUGUGUGGUGAUCUGGGCCUGAAGACGACACUGAAACAGCUAACAGAAGAAAAGGUGCAAGAUGUCUGGUUCCAGCAUGCUGCUGCUGGCUGCUCUGAUGCUGCUCCUGCUGCUGCUGGUCUGGAAGAGGAGGGGGUCACGGGGGCUUCCACUGCCUCCAGGGCCCCCUGGUCUACCCCUGCUGGGAAACCUGCCUCAAGUGGACAAGAAUGCACCCUAUACUACUUUCAUGAAGUGGAGUCAGCGGUAUGGUCCAGUCAUGACUGUGCAUCUCGGACCACGUCGGUUUGUGGUUCUGACUGGGUACCAGACGGUGAAGGAGGCAUUGGUGGACCAGGCAGAUGAUUUCACCGGAAGAGCUCCUGUGCCGGUCCUGAACCGGAUGGUCAGGGGAUACGGUCUGUCCAUCAGCAAUGGCGAGCGCUGGAAACAGCUGAGGCGCUUCACACUGAGCACGCUCAGAGACUUUGGCAUGGGCCGCAAGAGGAUGGAGCAGUGGAUCCAGGAGGAGAGCCGGCACCUGCUGGACAGCCUGAGGGAAACCAAGGGCUCACCAUUUGAUCCCACUUUCUUCCUGAGUGGUGCUGUGUCCAAUGUGAUCUGUGCUUUGGUGUUUGGGGAGCGUUUCAGCUACGACGAUGCCAACUUCCUGCGACUCCUGCAGAUCAUCUCCGAGGCAUUUCGAUUCGGGAGCACUCCAUGGGGACAGCUAUACAACAUUUUCCCACAGAUAAUGAACUAUAUGCCCGGUCGCCAUCAACAAUUCUUCAUAGAAAUAGACAAACUUCGGGAGUUUGUAACGGAGAAGAUCCACCAGCAUAGGGACACACUAGACCCAGACAACCCCCGUGAUUACAUUGACUGUUUCCUCAUCAAACUCAAUCAGGAGAAAGAUCUACCCAAAACUGAGUUCAUCUAUGACAAUCUAGUUUCCACGGUCCUCAAUCUCUUCUUCGCUGGCACAGAAACCACCAGCACAACCUUGAGAUAUACUCUGAUGCUGCUGAUUAAACAUCCAGAAAUACAAGAUCAAAUUUAUAAGGAGAUUGAGGCCGAACUUGGUCAAGAGCGCCCCCCAAUGAUGGAGGACAGGACGUCCCUCCCCUUCACGGAUGCUGUCAUUCACGAGGCUCAGCGUUUCCUGGACAUGGCCCCCCUCAAUCUCCCCCGCUACACCACCAAAGACAUCACCUUCAAAGGCUACGGCAUUCCCAAGGACACCGUAGUGAUUCCCUUGCUGCACUCUGUGCUCCGGGAUGAGAACCAAUGGGAGAGCGCCUGGACCUUCAACCCAGACAACUUCCUGGAUCAAAAUGGCAACUUUAAGAAGAACCCGGCCUUCUUUGCCUUUUCUGCAGGUAAGCGGUCGUGUGUGGGUGAGUCUCUGGCACGGAUGGAGCUCCUGCUCUUCCUGGUGUCCAUAGUGCAGAAGUUCCACCUCAGCACCCCCGGAGGACCCUCCAGUCUGGACACCAAUCCAGAGUGCAGCAGCUUUGGUCGAUACCCACGUCGAUACCAGCUCAUCGCCACCCCCCGGUGCUGAGCCCCGGUACUGCAGGAUAGGGCCCACUAACGCAGAGCUGAUGCAUCACCCCAUACAUACAGACUUACCGGAAACCCUCUCCACAGAAUGGAAAACAGUUGAGCUACCAAGUCAUCGGUACCAAGCCACUACAACGCACAACUGCCCCUAUGUAGGGGUUACAGUUAUAAACCUUCUCCACCUGUCCAAUUGUACGUAUAUAACUAUCAACAAAUUUAUUUUACUCACAGACCAGACUUUGUGAAUAAUGUAGCAUUUUGCACUAUUAUCUCUUUUGUGAAACACAUCACUUUGUCACGAUGUCCAAGUAGCUACCUACCAAUUUGCAAAUUUGAAAAAGAAGAAAAGAAGAAACCCUCGCAAUAGAAAAUAGUCUUGUCGCUGUUGUCAUGUCGCUGAUUUACCCGUUGAGGUGAGCUACCAAGCAACUACAGGGGUUAGAGUUGGGGUUCCUCUGAAAAUGAAUGUAAACACGUACGUAUGUGAUGCAUAUUAUUUGCCUGAUAUGAGGUGACCUAUAGAUAAUAAAUAAUUAUUAUAUUUUCUUACUUCUAUACUCCGCCAAUUGUUUUUGAUGAAUGAUACAGGUAUAAUUUGUGACAUAUAGCGGGUUGGGGGGUCGGAGUUUGGGUUCCUUUUCAAAUUAAUGUUAAUAUGUAUGUGAUCUACACUAAGUUGCCUGGCAUAAGGUGAUGUAGUUUUGUCAAGUGGUGACCUAUAAAUAAUAAAUACUUUCAUAUAUUUUCUUA